AUGAAUAGUAGUAAUUUAACUAAAGAAGAAAAUAAGCUUUUACGUGAGCUUAGUGAAAAUAGAAAUAUCCGGGUAAUGAAACUGGAUAAAGGUGGUGGAAUUGUCCUUAUGGACAGCCACAAAAUGGGAAGCAAAACAAGUAAGAAGGAAAUAUCUGCUGAUCCAGCACUGCAGUUCAGGCCUCAUUUAAACAGCCACCCACAACAUGCUACAAAUAACAUUAUUCCUAUCGAUGACGCAGAGAAUGAGCCACAGUUUCAGCGUGCCAUUCCAACUAGAGCAUCAUUAAAGUGCCCACGGGGAUCAGUGGUCAGCUUCCACGAUAUUCAGUACUCUGUAAAAAUUGUCAGCGGACCUUUGUGCAAGCGAAAAGUGGUGGUGAAGAAAAUACUUCAUGGUGUCAAUGGCAUUAUGAGGCCAGGUCUGAAUGCUAUUCUUGGACCAACAGGAAGUGGAAAAUCUUCGCUACUGGAUGUCCUAGCUGCUAGAAAGGAUCCAUCUGGAAUGUCUGGUGAAGUGCUUAUAGAUGGCCAGCCACAGCCUCCUAACUUCAAAUGCAUCUCCGGUUAUGUUGUCCAGGAUGAUGUUGUCAUGGGCACACUGACUGUCAAGGAAAAUUUGUUAUUCUCUGCAGCUCUAAGGUUGCCUGAUUCAAUUAGCAAAGCUGAGAAGGAAGAGAGGGUUGACCAGGUCAUAAAUGAACUUGGCUUGACAAAAGUAGCAAAUUCAAAGGUUGGAACAGAGUUAAUACGAGGAGUGUCUGGGGGAGAGAGAAAAAGGACAAACAUUGGAAUGGAGCUUAUUACUGAACCUCCAGUACUUUUCUUAGAUGAACCCACAACUGGUUUAGAUGCUAGUACAGCCAAUGCUGUUCUAAUCCUACUCAAAAGGCUUUCAAGGCGGGGACGCACAAUUAUUUUCUCUAUCCACCAACCCCGCUAUUCCAUUUUCAAAUUGUUUGACACUCUUACAUUGCUGGCAAGUGGAAAAGUGAUGUACCAUGGCCCAGCUGCAGAAGCACUUGGAUUUUUCCAGUCUAUUGGUUAUGAAUGUGAAUCCUUUAACAAUCCAGCAGACUUCUUUCUUGAUGUUAUCAAUGGAGAUUCUACAGCAGUGACAUUAAACAAAGAAGAAACACUAAAGGAUGAUAUGUAUGAAACCAUUGAUUCAGAAACAAACAAAUCACAAAAUCGUGAGGAAUCUGGAGGAGAGAAUGCUGACCCAGAGCACAUCGACCAGUCCCUAGUGGAUAAACUAAGUAAUGAAUAUUUGAAGUCCUUGCAGUGUAGGAAUACAGAAGAUGCCUUGAAAGCAAUUGAAAAGAGCAGUGGUGGAAUAAAGAAAAAACGGACCAUCUUCAGACAAAUUACUUACGCUACAUCUUUCCCUGUUCAGUUUUACUGGGUUGCACAGCGUGCAUUUAAAAAUCUAGUAAGGAGUCCACAGGCUUCAAUUGCACAGGUCAUGGUAAGCAUUAUUUUGGGACUAAUCGUAGGAGCUAUAUUUUUUGGAGCACCACUGGAUACAAGUGGCAUCCAAAACAGGGUAGGCUCUCUAUUUUUCAUAACUACCAACCAGUGCUUUUCCAGUGUCUCAGCCAUUGAACUUUUUGUCAAGGAUAAGAAGCUGUUCAUACAUCAGUACAUUAGUGGGUACUAUCGAGUGUCUGCUUAUUUUCUUGCACUACUCGCAGGGGACCUUUUGCCUAUAAGGACAAUUCCAGCAGUUGUAUUUUCCUGUAUAACCUACUGGAUGAUUGGAUACCAGAGGCUACCUGGAAACUUUUUCUUCUUCAUGCUGACUUUAGUGUGCCUCUCCUAUACAGCCACUGCAAUGUCUUUGGCAAUCAGUGCUGGAAUGGAUAUAGUUGCCAUUGCAAACUUGAUGAUAACCGUCUGCUUUGUGUUCAUGAUUAUUUAUUCAGGUCUCCUCGUAAACCUUCCCAGUGUAAUGGGCUGGCUGAAUUGGUUGAAGUACUUCAGUAUCCCUCGAUAUGGCUUGACGGCACUUCAAGUAAAUGAAUUCAGAGGGCUGUACUUCUGUGGUGAAAAGCCAGUAAAUCUUACAGGUUUCCAAACUGAUUUAAAUAACUGCACUCAGAGUAGUUCAACAUUUACAAAAACGUGCUAUGGUGAGACCUAUCUGUGCAACCAAGGCAUCGGAAAUCAGGACUGGGACAUGUGGCAGAACAUUGUGGCACUAGUCUGCAUGACAAUAAUUUUCUUAGCAAUUACUUAUUGUAAAUUGAGAUUCAUGAGAAAGUUUACCUAGAUGAACAACAAAUCAUCAGAGCCAGAGAUGGCAAAAAGCUUGCACUCAAACACGUCUGUGUUUUUCAUUUGACCAACGUUUACUAACACGAGAAAUUUUGCAUUGUAAAAUUUGGUGCAAACUUCUAGUUGUAUACUAUGCUGCAUUUACUAAACUAUCUAAACUACUUAUCAGAAUGUAUGGAGAUGGAAUAUUGUAAAUAUUAGUGUAUUUUGUUUUGUAUAUAAUGUACAGCUUCAAAGAAACUGCACAAUACUAUAUGAAUAAGUUUAUAUGGCUUUCUGUCACUGACUAAAUAUUGUUCCAUCUUUACACUACCACUUUCUGAAACAACUAGAUAGCAUUUCCAAACAGAAUGCUAUCUUGGAAUAAGUGUUUUUUUUCAUUUUGUCUUGGGGUGAACUUAAGUUAUUUGGAGUUAGCAAAUUUGGUAAGCCUCAGAAUACUCAGAACUGCAUGGCUAAUAUCUUAGGUCCCUAAAAUGUGCCCAUACUUAGUAGCUUUGGAAGAUUAUUUUGGGAACUUCCAAAUGUUAAGAUAUAGAUCUAAAAUACAACCUGUGAAAUUAAAAUCUUUGCUGUAACACUUA